AUGUGUGGCCUGCUCCAUAUGUGCGUACCGCCCGAGCUACGAUUUCUCGGAACGUUCCUCGAGAACCUGGGCAAGAAGGACUACCACAAAUUAAGGGAUGCCGAGAUCAAAGCCAACAAUCACAUCGAUCUCGCCAAAAACACCAACGCUUCCAUCAACAACACGACGUCGAAUGACAGUUCCACGUCCUCAGGUUCUUCGACUGCCACUGGUGCUGCUGGUUCUUGCAAUUCAUCUUCAUCUUCGAACAUCAUGAGUGAAGAAAGUCUCCGUAACAAACUGUCCCUGUCGUUGGCCCUCCUCUACUCGACCAACCAGCAGUGUUCUAAUAUUCUUUUCAAAUUGCUUGAAGCCAAUGUGUCUCGGGCCCUGCAGGUGAUGCCUUCUAUGGCUGUGGUGACUAUAUACGAAAUCCUCACAAUUCUUGUGAUGGCAGCCAACCACCCGGCCUUCACCUUUUCUCAGCGGCUCAUCAUGGCAAAGUUGUAUAAAUCGGCGGAGAAGUCCGCCGAGGGACUCAUCCCUAAGGAUAAGUGCCUGUGUUGUCAUAACUGUACUUCAAGUCCAUCACCUCCCAAACCAGGUACUGGACCUUACUGCUGUAGCAGGUGUGUAUCAAACACCUCUCCAACACACAAGGAUAAAGCUCAUGUUACCAAAAUUAAUGUAAAAGGCACUCGCAGAUUGGUGGACAAGCCAAGGGAAUUUAUUCUGCAAGUGACUUGGUCAAAUGGGGAAGUUACUGAAGUGUACAAAACCUUCCAGGAAGUACAGGAGUUCUCCAGCAAGUUUGUCAGAAUGUUUGACGAUAUGCACAAAUCGGAAAGAAAAAUCCCAUCCCUACAAGGUCAGUACCGAGAAGAAAUUUUAGAGGAUGUCAGUUUCCAGAAUAUUUGCCAUUAUACUGGGCAAUUGGAAAAACUUCCUCAAAGGCUUUUAGAAUGUGAUCAUUUAGUAAAUUUUUUCACUGCACCAGAGUCCAGUCGUUCUUCUCCUUCCCGGUCAACAAAUUUUACCCCAAACAAUGAACAAACUGUGAUAUCUCAAUGCUAUCAAAAGUCUUUCAACACUGCAUCACCCUCAGGUGACAUCAACAAUCGACAGUCCUAUCAAUCACCAAUUUACUUGACCGCACAUUAUUCACAGUUAUCAUCGAAUAGUCACAACACUUGCAGCAACAGAUCAGUGGUCACUCCCCAGAUGAACCAGAGUUCUCCUAUUUACUCUCCAACUUCAUCACCACCUCCACAAGCUGCACCCUCAUCACAUACAUCACCACUCCAGCAGUCCAAUAGCCGGUCAGCAUCACCUGGCAGUGUUGAUAGCAAUUACAUAACUAACAAUAAACUAAAAUCUACCGAGUUGGACCACUUGCUGAAGGUAGACGAGGAAAAGAUUCAUGUGCCAGAUAACAAGAAUGGGCGAGACAAACGUCCUCCAAAUGGAAUGAUUGAUUAUAGUAUGAUUGGUAACCCGGCUAGUGUGAGUAUCCUACAUGGCUUAACCUGGCAGCAACAUUCAGUCCCAGCCGCAUUGAAGCCUCAUUAUUUUGCAAAUGUGGCAGCAGCAGCAGCAGCAGCAGCUGCUGGGCAGCAACAACAAGGUCCUCCAUCACAUUCUGGGAUAGCGCCUUCGUCUUUACCUCUAGGGAACAUGUCAACGGGUCUUUGUUGUUACUCACAACCUACAGCAGCGACACCAGGACCACCAAACAAUGCUGAUAGUUCACCAGGUGGAUCUGACUAUUGUAGUCAGCCUCCCAGUCCAGGACCUCCCAGCAAUGCUAAUGUUGCUAUGGUAGCUGUAACUGCAUCAUCAUCUUCUGUAGCUUCUGAUGACAGUGACAGAGUAAAAAAUGGCAAAGAUGGGGAUCCUUCAUUGGAGCAAGACUUCCGAAAAAAAGACUCACAAAAACCAAAUCUAAAAUUGUCGCAGCAGAUGGGAUCGAAGUCGUCAGUGAUGAGACCCCAGCCUGAAGAGCAGUCAAAAGGUGGAAACAUGCAUUUACCAGUCUCCCAUCAUUAUAUGGACCUUCAACAGCAACUCCCCAUGGGAAACUAUGGUGCUGCCCCUGAUUUGCUACCUCAUCGCCAACAGAUGAUUCCCAGCCGGUCAGCCUAUAAUGCUCAGCCUGCACACACAAACCUAGGAAUUCACCCCAAAAAUAUGAUCAACAUGCCCCUAGAUGGCAAGUCGAGUAGUACAAUGGUGCCUUUAUUUCCUGGGAUGCCUAACUCUGUAGACUGCAACACAACAGUGGUGCCUAUGAUGGUUAAUACUGCAGGCCCUGGGGACAGUGCAGUGGGAAGUGGUGGUCCAAUGUUUUCUCCUCACUUAACUUCUUCGGGGGUACGAACAAGGACUGCUACAGUGAAUCAGUCAUGCACUCGAACAGCUCCGGCUGCCGUUUGCACAAGUAACACAAUGGUUUCAACCUGUCCCUCUGCUUCCAGUCCACCACCAAGACAUGCAAUUGGUAAUGUUAAAAAUGGCAAUGGCCCAUUGUGUUCAAAUUCAGUAGUCUCUCAGCCACUACUUCCUUCUGGCAAUCCUGGGGAUCCGUGCAGUAUAUCGGUGUUGUCCUGCUCAUCAGAUCAGACAGGUGGGCAGCCACCACCAAUGAAUUAUCAUAGUCAGUGCACUAACCAAAGCAGUGUCACUACCACUACCGUUACUUAUUCUUCUCAAGCAUACUCCAUGAACUCGCCCAGUCCUGCAGCUAUGGGUCGAUCGCGGAGAUGCAAUUCAUGUGGCUGUGAAGGCCAUUGUACUUCUGGCUCAUACCAUUUUGGGAGCAUGCUGACCUCUCAAAUGACUGCUCCGGCCAACACCCCACCCCCUCGUCAGUGGCAGCACCCACCGGCUUACAUGUUUCCCAAUGCCAAUGGAUUGAUACCUUUUCCAAAUCUUACUCCAUAUCUGCCCAAUGGCCCUAAUCCUGACUUUAUCUAUAGUAACCAUCCCAAUGUCGGCCUUGUGCAUUUGAACUCUUCUCAAGUGACAGCCCCACCACCAUCGUCGUCCGCCCCAAACCCGCCCUGUGUACUAAAUCCCAUGUGCAACUAUGGUGGGCCACCUCCUCCACACCAGCAGCACCCUCUCUUGGUGCCACCACUGCAUCAUACCAUGACAGCUGUUAGUAACAAACAUAAGCCAUUAAUACAAACAUGUUAUAAUUGUGGAGGUGCAAAUCACUUGGCUGUUGACUGUAAGGAGAACACCAUGGAAUCUAUGACAGGUCAAUAUCAUUUGAACUAUGAAGACAAAGCUGUGGCUGAAUGA